GCUUGAAUAUGGUUUUACUUACUAUGUUUCAGAAACAUCUCCAGUGGCAGUGUUGCCAUGAUGAUAUUGCCUGUCUGUAUUUUGGUAUGUAGCAAACUAGUAUUUUGGAAUGAAUGAAUUGUACAAACUCUAGAAGAAUUCCCAAAUCCAUGUAAUAAACGAAUCUCACAAACUCAAAGUUUCAAUCUUUAUUAUGGCCCCAUUAUAAUAACUUGCAAUUCCACGCCGUCAAUGCUAUCAGAAGCAGAUUGUCUUCUUCUUCUCCUGGUUUUCCCCCUUUUCCUCUUCUAGGGUUUGCUGAUUCUCUUCUUCUUGCUCCACCAAUGGCCAAGAAGAGGAAUGCCCAGAUGGUUGAUUGUAUGCCCAAGCAUUCUCAACAACCCAGAAGCUCUCCUCCUCCCAAACGCCGCACUGAUUUCUCCGUCUUCGCCUCCACCCCUCAUCCUGAUUCCUCGCCAGGUUCAUCUUCUGGUGAGAUAACAUUGUCUAGUGUCACUGCAAGCAGUUUGCAGGAGAGGACAUCAACAGGGAAUCUAUUUUCUGAUGAUACGUUGGUUCGAUGCAGUAAUUACCAACACGGUAAACCAGUGUGUUCAUCUGAAUCUUCUGAUGUUCCAGCUGUGGAAGUUGAUUCAGUGGUAAAAGAUGAAGGUCUCGACCACAGUGUAAAUAGGGAUUCUUGUGAUGAAAAAAUUGAUAUUUUCAAGACUUUAGAAUCUACCCCUCGCGACUCAUCUGACAGUGAUAGCAGUUCCCUUGCUGUAACCCCUGGAAGUGUCGUGUGGGCAAGAACAGCUGGUGAAAUCUGGUGGCCUGCUGAGAUCAUGGAAGAAAGACCUGCAUUAUCUGACCCUGUCAGUGAUGGACAUGUUUUAGUGCAGUUUUAUGGAAAUAAUCCCAGUGCUUGGGUUGAUCCAGUCACAGAUAUUUCAACCUUUGAGGAUUCUUUUGAAGAAAGGAGCAACAAUCCUUCAAAAGAUUUUCAAGAGGCUCUAAAGCAAGCCUUACAGAGGAAGGCACAACUUAGUUCUUGCCGAAAAUUGAGUCCUGAUAGGUCUGCUCACUCUGAUCAGCAAGAACGAUCAUCUGGUAAAUGCACUUCAGCUAGCUCAAGCAGAACAGUUGAUGAUCAAGAGAGACGAAGAGGGCAAAGGAAACGUAAACCCAAAGUUCAUUUUGAUGAGGCGACAUGUUCGAUGAAACCAGAAAAAAGUGCUCGGCGGUUAAAGAUAAUGCGGUAUCUCGGCCUUGCUCCUCCUGUUGGUUCUCCUUUUUGAUCGUGAUCAGAGUAAUGUACAUUAAAUGUUUGCGGCCAAACAGCAUAUAGUUGGUUCUCUUAUUAAUUUUGUUGUCAAAAAGAAAUGCUAGCAAAAUACUCUUUUAAAUACACUCUUAAACUCACUUCAUGUGAUUGGUCUUAUUUUUAAAAAGUCGUCCAUUUAUGGGGUAAGCGUGACUUUUUUUUAUUAAAAAAAGGACCUAUCAUAUCAAGUAUCUGGAAGAGUGUGUUCAAAAGAGAGUGUUGCUAAUCGUAAGUGCAUAUUAGAAAGUUUUGUUUUGACUCCUAGCCAUUAACUUUGUAACACUUUUCAGGAUUAUUUGGUUUCGUUUAUUUCA